GCCGUCGUCAAGCUAUGUCAGCGUCGCGCCGCCCGGCACGCGGAGGCUGCUGAUGCCGACCGUGCGCUCGACGAAGCCGGGGAUGGGCUCGCCGAAGAUCCCGCCGUACAAGGCCUCGCCGUCCAAGAUCGCGAGGUCGCGCGCGGGCUCGGUGUCGAACCCGUCCUUCCUCUCGGACCUGAGCGACAAGUCGGCGAACGCCACCGCGCCGGACUGGAUUGGCGGCGGGCGGAGGUUUGAGAUCGUGGAGGAGCAGAUUGAGCUGGCGGGGUACCAGAUAUAUGCGGUGGAGAAGUGGGUGGUCGAGCGCCGACGGCCAGUGAUAGUAUUGACAGUCUUCACCGGAGAUCCACAACAUAAGAUACUGGUGACUGCCCUUUCGCCAUCGUCGUCACUUAGCCCCUCGGAGGCUCAGACAGAAUGGGACCAAGCACUCCGACACCUUCGCAGCGAGGGCGCGCGACCCAAGGAUAUGGCUCUCGGCGUCCUCAUGGUCACUUCCCUUGCGAACUUCCGCUCAGACUAUACCAUCGUACAUAUACCCCGUGGCAACUUCCUCGAAGUGCGUGAACAACUGUAUACUAACAUCAACCUUCUCCGCAUGGGAUGCAGCGGGCGCAGUGCGCUCACCCUGGAGGAGCCCAGCGAUACCACGAAGGAUCGGUUCAUCUUGAUGUACCAUAUCCCUGACAAAGGGAAUGCACGCUCUGCUGCGUGCUUCAACGCAACUGUACUCGAGCUCGUCAAGCUCAUCCAGGCCGGGCUGGCGAUGUUCGAGCUUUUCGACAUCAACCCGGAAGAACGGAACGGGCUACUAUGCGACGUGACAUGCGAUGGAAUCCGGCGCUGGGCAGCCGAGGUCGGCGAGCCAUGCAUGAAGAUCGAACCCACAGAACGAGUGGCAGACCCGACAGUGCUAGCUGCCCUGUUCAGUCUGAUCCUCACAACCCGAAACAAACUGCACGCCCUCGGCUACUACGUCCCCAAGGACCCCUUCCUCGACCCGUACAACUUCACGCGCGCCCUCACUGCCUUCCAGUCCCCCCAGCGCCACGGGCACGGCUACAGCCACUCCAUCUCCCACUCCCCGCGCGCCCCCUCCCCUCCCCGCGCAACAAGCCCACACAAGGCGCACCACGGCUCCGGCGCGCCCUCCACCGCCCCCUCGCCGAUACCGCCCGUCGCGUACCUCUCGCAGGCGCUCGUCGAGGCGGUCCAAGCCGCGUACGACAAGAAGAUGCGCCCGACGGAGUCGUACAAGGUGCACCGCGUGCUGAUCAGCAAGCUUGACGAUCUCGUCGACGACCUCCGCUCCGCGGGCGACGUCGAGGGCGCGAGUGGCGUGAGCCCGACGGCGGACCUCGCGGCGCUGGUGAGGCUCGUGGUCGCGAGCUCGGCGAAGGACGCGCCGAGUAGCUUGAGGUAUCUGUGGACGGGCCGUCCGGAUGAUGUGGGGAAGAAGAGGAGGGAGAAGGAGGCGGUGUGGAGUGAUGGUGAGCGGGAAAGGGAGGAGAGGGAGAUGGAGAGGGAUUCGAAGGAUAUCAGGGAAAGGGAGAAGGAGAAAGAUAGAGACAGAGACAAGAGUCUGAGAGAGAAGGAUCGAGAGAAGGAGGAGAGGGAGAGGGACGUUCGAUCGUCUGGCGACGAGAGUGAGUCUUACAAGCCGGUGCGCAGGGUGCAGCGGAAGAUCGAGAGUUGGGCAGCCCUUGGGAGAGCGAAGAAGCUCAGCGUGGACUUCGGCAGUAUUGGCAAGAACCGCGGCGGACAGUCUGAGCAGUCGGGUCCCUCCUCGACAGUUCCUUCGGUGCGGAUUACAGGGGAUUUAGACGAGGAGGAGCCACUGAGCAGUGGCCAGACGUCUCCCGUCUUCGAGAAUGCCGUGCCCGUCAUCCUUGGAGUCGGCUCGUACACUCCUGCGCAACGGUCCGCCAGCGAACUCUCCGAGUACGACAGGCGCGUCACCGAGUUCAACAGGAAGCGGCCCUCGACAAGACCACCCUACCAAUCACGGAUCAUCAGCUGGUCGGACCCACUCAGUGCAAAGGAACUCGUUGACUCGAACUCGUCCGACGACAGGGAGAGGUUGACAUCGCCGCUAUCACUACUCCGGCGAACAGACUCCAUCGAGGACAACGAGACAGAAGCGACCGCGAGCGACACCGAGAUGGACACCGCGCACCGACGGCGCCCGCUCACCUCCGGUCCUCGACGCUGCCGCUCCUUCGACGCCGCGGCGGACAUGGUCGAGACGCGCGUGCUCCCCCUCGAGCGCAUGCGGAUCGACGUCGAGCUCUGCGGGCAGCUGCUGGUGAUGUACCGGCGCGAGCAGCACCUCGUGAACGUCGCGGCGAGCCUCGCCGCGCUGACGGAGCGGCUCUCGCGGACGAACACGCAGCUGCGCACGGACCACGAGCGCGCGCGGCCGGGCCUCGCGGAGCUGCGUGAGCGCACGGGGAUCCUGCACCGGGUCGAGGCGGCGCGCGCGAGGGCGGACGUGCUCACGCAGGAGACGCAGGCGCUCUCGUACGAGAGCGCGCAGUACCUCGUUGAGGACCUCUGGCAUAUGGCGGUGCAGCCCCGCCGGAGGGUGCUUGCGCUCCGUGAGAAGACGUUCGGCACGGGGCGGAAGCACCCGCAGGGCGUGCGCGGCGCGCAUGGGCGGUUCAACCGCGUGCAGUGGACGCUGGAUGGGCGCGAGCGGCUUGUGGAUGCGCUUGGAAGGACGGAGAGCGAGGCGGAGGAGGAUGCGGGCUUGCCGGGGGCGGACGCGAUCGACUUGGAGGAGAGCGAGGAUGAAGCGGAUGUGGUGCAGCAUCAGAGUCUGCGGCCGACAUGGUUGCUGAACUUCUUCAACUACUGGGGUAGUAAGUGGGGGGCCGCUGGUCAGAAGAAAGAGUCGACGCCCCCGAAGGAGGACGAGCCACAGACCGACAGGGAGGACAGGGAGGACGCGUCGGAGGAGGUACAGACGACCUGCGCGUCUCUUCCUACCUCGCCUACUCAGCCUCGGCUACGACCCGCGGCGAGGCAUACUAAGACAACAGCUGGCUGACCUCCCUCCAUUCGCAUUUUGCUCAUCUUUGCGUUGUUCAUCUCACCUUUGGACUGGAGGAUCGCUUGGGACAACAUCGUGUAGCAAUAACAA